UGUUUAUUUUUAAGAGUGUGACUACAUCAGGUGAACCACAGUAAAUUUUUGCAAAUAACGUACAGACCUCAUACAACAAGCGGUCCAAUGUUAUGAUAAGUGAAGCCUACAUUAUCUGCCUGAUAAGACCAGAUAAAAUUCCUGACUAUGUAUAGACGUUUGGCAUUAUUACGUACACAUUACACUCUCCAUUUCACUCCACGUCUGCUACACGCAAACCAAACCAUUCAAGAUUCUUAAUAUUUCAUAACAGAAUUUACACGUGACGGGUCUAACAUGGCACACGAAACGACGGAUCCAACCUGUUUAACAGGAGCUAUGAGUCAUCUUUUUGAUACCGGAUUAUUUUCUGAUGUCGCAUUUUUAGUGGGUAAAGAGAAACAUCGAUUUAACGUACACCGAAUGAUCCUUGGGGGAAGAUCGCCCGUUUUUGCGACAAUGUUGGAGGAACGAUGGGCUCAACAGCAAACCAGGACAGAUUCCGACUUCAGGGACAAAGUGUUCAUUAGGUUCCAGGAGUAUGAUGUAGAGUCGUUUCGGAUUUUUCUAAAGUUCUUGUACACGGACUGGCUAUCCCCAGUGAACCUCGGGAUAUUGUUGGACCUUUUGAAACUAGCUCAUUUGUACGAGAUUCCUCGCCUUUUACGCAUUGUGGUGGAUCGUGUAAAAGAAUAUGUUGCAAAAUGUGACCCAAAAUCGGCCAAUGACUGCCUGACCAUAUACAAACAUUCCAGGCAUAUUGAUGAGAAGUUGGGCGAGCUAAGUUUCCAAUUUUUCAUGAAGCAUGUUCGACUGGCUGGACAAAAUAAUCGGUAUUUAUCAUGGGAUACGGAAACCGUGAGGCACAUAUUACACCAGGAUGUCGUUGAUGUUCGGGAAGUUGAUAUAUUUAAGGCUCUAUUGAACUGGGCAAAAUGCGAUGGACCUAGUGACGAUGAUAAACAUUCUGAAAAGGCAAAAGUAUUUCCUCAGCUUUUGAAAAUGAUUCGAUUUCCAGCCAUGGGAAUAAAAGAUUUUGGGAGUGAAGUCGUCCCCACGCAAGUCCUUUCUCAGGAUGAAGUUGUGAAAAUGUUUCUACACUUUUCUAAUCCAGGAGAAAAUUCUACAAUGUACAAUACUACACCCCGCCAGAAAGUGAAACCAGUGAGUUUUUGCAGCGCAACUGGACAGAUACCAGAUUUUGCGGUGUACCAGUCGAAGCUGGUUCGGCCACAUAUAACCAUGUCCAAAGUUUCUACAGCAACUGUGGAUCAAUUACCUCCAGAAAUUCGGUUGGAGGUAACGUCAUCCAUUUGUCUGACUGGAAUUAAGGUAGCUUCAUCCGACCUCUGGAAUCGUCAUGGGAAUGAGUUUAAAUUUAUCGUUCUUGUGAAAAUCGAUGGUGGGUUAACUGUUGCAAAAGGAGAAGUUACAAUUACCAUACCCAACAGGCAUAACCCCGAGUAUCUAGUGUGGGUGAAAGAAAAACUUGCUUUAGCCGAAAUUCCAUUCGACGUACCGUUAACCUUACAAAGAGGCAAAUUCUAUGAAAUAUUGGUGCACUGUAAACAAACAACGACGCCUGCGAGCGAUUUGAUGUAUGGAUAUCAAACUGGUUAUGUUGUUCUCUGUCGCCGGAGUGAUUCGCAAACCUACUCUGGGUUCCGAGAAGAAGAAAGAAACAUAACUUUCGCUAAUAAUGUGAUGGGGAAAUUGAAAUGCCUUGGUGGAUUAGGAUCACGGUGGAUUGGUGACUUAGUCAUUGCUCCGGCAGUUAGUGAAGCUGAAACUCCUACGGCCUGCCCAAUAACUUUCGGGACGUCAAACGUAUUUGCCGUAGGCUUUUGUGGCUUCCAAAAAGACACGCUCGUUAUAAACUCUAGUUGCUGCAUGGCAAAUGGAAAAUUUUGAAAUGGAUAAAGAAUAAAUUAGCGCUUUUGUUGGUAAAUGAGCUAACUUGCUGCUCACGUUCCUCGUGAACUGAUUUAUGUUGAAAAUUAAAUAAAACCUGAACUACCCGUUACCCGUGCGGGUAGUUCUCGCUACCCGCAGAUAACGGGUACCCGCAAGGAUCGUGCGGGUAACGGGUACCCGACCCGUUACCCGCGGCAACUUUACUGUCCUAUACUUCAUAGCCAAAGUUUACUGAAAUAAAUAUGGAAGCCGUUUUACAAAGAGGGACAAAAACACUGUCUACAAUUUUCUUAAUUACGUACGAUGAGCUUAUAUCAAUAAUUUUAAUCUUUAUAUUUCCAUCACGAAGACUGAUUAAUAUUGUUAGGUUUAAAUUAGGCAUGUGGCAAAUUAUUCAUGAACCUAAUUUCUAAGUUCUGCAAGUAAGAAAAACUCUUCAAACGAAAAAAUUUCCUGAGAAAGACUAAUGAAUCAUCCAGAUAUGUUAAAUUAGUACGUAUGUUAUUACCUACUAAUAUCGUCGUUUCUUAUGCUUUGAAAUGAUUUCAUUUUUAAAAAGUGUCGUAUUUAUCAGUAUAAGAUUAUUAAAAUAAUGUGUAUCGAAAUUUGAAACCUAAAAAUCA